ACCUGAUGUGAUUUCGGCCAAGAGAAUGAACAGCUGACGGAUGACAGACAACUGAACAACGAAAAUACUUGCAAUACAUUUCUAAAAAAUAAUAUUAUGAUUAAUGGAAAUAUAGUGUGUUAGUGUAUGUUCGUGAUAUGUAAGAAAACCGUUAAACAGUCGACAAUCCUUGAAACCCUUCAUCAGUUUGCGAAUUGAACAUUUGCGAACGUUUUACGUCGUUACAACUUAUUUUUAGAAUAAAACCUAUUAAAAAUAAUCAAAUAUGGAAGAAAACAGCAAUGUGUCAGAUGGUGAAAACGCAAAUGAUCCUAAUAACAUUGAUGUCGAGCAAGAACAUAAUGCAAAUGCCAAACGAUUAAAGACUGACACUUCAGAGCACUCAGAUGAGGAGAACAAUUGUGAGCCCGGUACCAGUUCCAAUGAUAACUGUAACACAUCAAGAAACACCAGGACGAGAAACUACAGGAAACCUACUGCUGAUGAUGAAUCGAGUAAUGCUGAAAGUGCCAAUGAGGACGUAGGUUUUAGGGAACCUUCUGUUGAUUUAGAAGAAUCUUAUGCUUCUGACAACUCCCAAAUGAGUCACAUAAGUCCAAUUUCUCCAACAGAUUAUAAUGUACAUGAGUAUAAUGAUGAAUCUGAUGAAGAACAUCCAGUUUUGAGAAAAGCCAAACCCAAACAUAAUUGGUUCAUUGUACCAGAAGUAGUAAACAGACAAUUAGGUUUUAGUGCUAAAAAACAGUCUUCUCAGCUGUUUCAAAGAAGAUGUUAUGGAUCAUUGCAUUGUGUACAGAGACUCGAGUUAAUAUAUAAACUAGAGAAACAUGAAGGAUGUGUCAACAGUUUGAAUUUUCACCCGAAUGGUGAACUGCUAGCCAGUGGCUCAGAUGAUCUUAAAGUUGUUUUGUGGGAUUGGAAAAAUGGCAAUGAGCUCUUGUCAUAUGAUACAAAGCAUAGAGGAAAUGUUUUCCAAAGCAAAUUUUUACCACUUACUGGUGAUUUACAUAUAGUCACUUGCGCUAGAGAUGGACAGGUUCGUUAUGCGCAAGUAUCUGCUCAAGAGGGAUUAAGGAGUGUUAGGAAAUUAGGCUCACAUGUAGGACCUUGCCAUAAAGUAGCUGUUCUUCAGGAUCAACCUCAGGUUGUUAUAUCUGUCGGUGAAGACGGAUUCAUUUUGAGGCACGAUUUGCGUGUUGAAAAACCUGAUAGAAUGCUGUGUGUAAAGAACGAUGAACACAAAGUCGCAUUGUACAGUGUGAGUGGUCAUCCGUUGAAUGGAAAUGAAUUUUGCGUAGCAGGCAGAGAUUAUAUGGUCCGCAGUUACGAUCACAGACGUUGCAGUAAUACUCAUUUACUUAAAAGUUAUCAUCCAUUUAAGAAAUUUACACAGAAAAAUCGAUCGUUGCACGUAACAUGUGCAGUAUAUAAUCAUAACGGUUCCGAAAUUCUAGCUUCUUAUAACGAUGCAGAUAUUUACUUAUUUGAUGUGAACAGUAAUACUCACGAAUUCAUACAUCAGUACCAAGGACAUCGGAAUGGUGCUACCAUUAAAGGUGUCAAUUUCUUUGGGCCAAAAUCGGAAUAUAUUAUAAGUGGAUCGGAUUGUGGAAAUAUAUUUUUCUGGGAAAGAGAUACUGAAGCAAUCGUCCAAUGGCUUUUUGCAGAUGAUAGUGGUGUUGUUAAUUGUUUAGAACCACAUCCACAAUUGCCAUUCUUAUGUACAAGUGGUUUAGAUUGGGACGUCAAAGUGUGGGUUCCAUCGUUCGAACAAGAACCAGCAUUGGUCGGUCUUUCCAAAGCUGUUAAAAAUAAUAUUAAAGCGAGAGCUUUGGGACCAAUGACAUCGGAUUUAGACGAUACUCAAAUCUUAUGGAUGCUUUGGCGUCAGUUAAGUGGAAACGAUCAGCUCAGAGUAAGCAAUCGUGUUUUUCACUUCGCAAUGGAGAACUCAAAUUUAGAUGCGAUUACGGAUAAUUCAUCCAGCAGCAGUUCCAGUUCGGAGCACGAGCACACCUCUGAACCAGAGUCCGAUGAUAACAACGAUGAUCCAACGGGUUGUACGACAUCUUAAAUAGGUUUUUCUCCGCGAUAUAAAAAAAUGUGAAGUUGUUUUUUUUUUUUGUAGGAUAAUACAAAUAUUAUUUUUGUAGAACGACUUCUGCAGAUCGUAGUCUAAUUCAGUUGAUCAUUUGGGAUGAAAUACUUUUCUCAAUAUUUUAGUGCUGGAUCGUAAUUUCGUAUGUUCAUAUACUUGAAUGUUAAAAAAAAA